UGCUGUGUAGAGCAUGGGAUUGUGGGUAUCUUGUGUUUCCUGAUUGACUCCGACAGUCAGCUGUUCCUACAAAAUUGUCAAAGAGUUUGUUUAUCGGUCUUGUUAGCGUAGGCUUAUUUAGUCUAAACGCGACACAGUGGCGUUGUGUUUGUGGUGUUACGUCGAGGCAAACUCUGUCCCGCUAAAUUAGGCAACAUAAAACUAUCGUAACUUUGGAACAAGUCGCGGAAUGAGUUUGAACGAGCACUCCUUGCAGGCGCUUUCAUGGAGAAAACUUUACUUGAGUCGAGCUAAACUGAAAGCCACCAGCCGCACCUCAGCCUUGUUGUCUGGAUUUGCGAUGGUUGCCAUGGUGGAAGUGCAGUUGGAGGCUGAACAUGUGCAUGUGUACCCCCCUGGACUCCUCAUUGCCUUCAGCGCCUGUACCACUGUCCUGGUUGCAGUGCAUCUUUUUGCCCUCAUGAUCAGCACCUGCAUUCUCCCCAAUCUGGAAGCAGUCAGCAAUGUCCACAACCUAAAUUCGGUCAAUGAAUCUCCCCAUGAGCGCAUGCACCACUACAUCGAGCUGGCAUGGGCUUUUUCAACAGUUAUUGGUACCCUCCUCUUUCUUACUGAGGUCAUGCUGUUAUGCUGGGUCAAGUUCCUACCUCUCAAACUCAGCAAUGAUGGCAAAAAUGGGACUAUCAGCUCUGGAGAGGCAGCGGCCAUUGCUUCCACCUGUAUCAUGGUGCCAUUUGGGAUCGUGUUCAUACUGUUUGCCGUGCACUUCUACCGCACACUGGUGAGCCACAAAACCGACAGGCAGAUCAGGGAGCUGGAGCAGGUCAUCCGCCUUCAGAACCAGCUCGACCAUAGGGCUGAGAAUGACGAGCUCAAGGCGUUCCCUUAAGGAAAUAUAAGGACAAAUUACAUUAAAGUAGAGCCAGAAUCUAAAGGGAAUAGUUGGCAUUUUGGGCAUAAUCUUUUUUACAUAUCAACAUAAAGCUUGUGGUGAGUUUCUACACUUCCAGAAUUGCAAAAAAUAUUGGCCAAUGGCCUUUCCUGUGAAGUUAGAAUGUCAGUUACUCUUAUAAAUUCUGAGCCCUCAUCUAUUUACUGUGUGCGAAAAGUUUUUUACCUAUUGUAAAUGUGCAAUGCUUGUAUUAUGCAAGGAUUCUUUGGAUCCCACACUAUAGUUUUUAAAAUCUGUCCAUUAACUUAACUUGUCCAAUUCAAUUUGAAAUGCUUCAUAUCAGUUAAAUCCAAAUUGCACAAGGUGCAGUAUUUCCAGCAUUUAUGUUUUAAUCCUGUUACAAAAGUUAAUUAGGCCAAUCUCAUUAAUUCAGAAUGCCAUUAAUUUUAUCACCAUAAUUUAUUCAAUUGGUAUAAAUGGAUGAAUAAAAUAGGAACCUUUCAACUAAAAUUACAUUUUGGUUGAUGUUCAUGUGGUAUUUAGCCAACUUCUGGUCGACAGACACUUAUGAUCAGCAUUUUUAAAACUGAGAUUAAACCUGAGAUUAAUUAUCUCAGGUUUAGAUUUUUAAAGGUCUUCACAAUCACAAUUUCAUAUUUUUGUCACAAUUUAUAAAGUGUACCAAUGGUUAUGUGAACUUAUACAUAAAAUAUAUAAUACAUCUUAAAACAUUAUGUUAAAACAGGGUUAUAUAAGAUGAUAUUUGCUUAAGUUUGAACUCCUUUGUUACUUUAGUUAUAUGGGAGAAAAUUAUUGAAGGGAAAUAUUGUAGUGUUUUUGUUAAAAAUUGAAAUAUGCCUCUGGUGGUUACAGCUUUUACAUAGAAGUAUGUUUUGUAAAUCGUGUUUGGUACUUUUUUAUUUUCUGUUUGCUCAACCUUUGUUACUACUUAAUGCUUUAAUGAAAUGCUGGAUAUUUAUUGUCAUUGGCCUAUGGCACAUUGCACAGUAUUUUUAAAGAUUUAAACAGAAUAGGGAGAACUAAUUUUGAUUGGUACACAAUUCUAUGGUUCUGAACUUUGGCAUCUUUAUCAUUGCCACUGGAUCAUGUUAAAACUGCAUGACACGCAUUUUGACAGCAACAUUGGUUCUUUAUUUAUUUAUUUUUAUUUUGUGUUGCGCUUUAAUACUGUUUACUGCAUGUGAAAUUGUACAAACAUGCACUAUGGUCACAUGACCACUAUGAAAAUAAAUUAUUACUAUGUAA